AACUAAACGAACCCUUAAUAUUUUUGUCCACUCUAAAUUUCAACGGCAAUUUUGAGGUUGAGAAGCGAGCUUAUCCAAGUGCCCCUUAUCGCUUGGUUGGUUACUUGAGAGCGGCCCCGGGCAGAGCAAAGAGCUGCAAAGACAAUGAAGCCAACGGUGGUGCUUUAUCCCAUGACCGGCAUGGGACACGUCGUCCCCAUGGUCGAACUCGCCAAACUCUUCCUCCUCCAUGACUUCGCCGUCACCGUCGUCAUCAUGCACUCCCCCGUUAACCACCCGUCCUUAGGCCCCUUCCUCGCCCGUGUCUCCGCCGCCUACCCUUCCAUUUCCUUCCACCGCCUACCGCCGCCUACCGCCGCCGACCCCCCCGCCGGCAGCAGCUCCUUGGCCUCAUUCUUGGAGAACAUCCAACUCAACAACUCGCAGCUACUCGACUUCCUCGUUGCCCACCGCCUCACGGCUGACGUCCGCGCCGUCGUCCUCGACUUCUUCUGCGUCGCCGCCCUCGACGUCACAGCCGAGCUCCGCCUCCCGACUCACAUCUUCUUCUCCUCCAGCGCCGCUAGCCUCGCCAUCUUUCUCUACCUGCCUGCCGUUGAGUCGACCACCGAGCUCAGCUUCCGCGAGCUUGGCGACGCGCCGGUUCACUUUCCGGGACUGCCACCAAUCGCUGCGUCUGAUAUGCCCAGUCCCUUGAUGGACCGCACCGGAGAAAGCUAUGAAAGGCUGGUUAUAAUUUUCCAGCGCAUGCUCGAGGCUGACUCGAUCUUUAUCAACUCGUUCGAACCGCUAGAAUCGGAGACCGUCCAUGCUCUGCGCGCCGGGGCGUGCGCUCCCAGUCGCCGGAUGCCGGAAGUGCAUUGUAUCGGGCCGUUGAUCAGCGGCGGCGGCGAUGGAAAUGAAAGGGCGGAGUGCCUGAAAUGGUUGGACGUGCAGCCACGUGGCAGCGUGGUGUUCCUCUGUUUCGGGAGCAUGGGCUCCUUCUCGGUGGCGCAGUUGGAGCAGAUCGCCGCCGGCCUAGAAAGGAGCGGGCAGCGGUUUCUUUGGGUGGUACGGACUCCCAAAGAUUCCCCGGAGUCACAUGAACUGGACGUUUGCUUGCCGGAAGGCUUCUUGGAGCGGACGAAGCAGAGGGGGUUGGUGGUGGAGUCUUGGGCGCCGCAGGUGGAGGUGCUGAACCACGAGGCGGUGGCUGCGUUCGUGACGCACUGCGGGUGGAACUCGACGCUGGAGGCGAUCGCCGCCGGGGUAGCGAUGGUAGCGUGGCCGCUGUACGCGGAGCAGAGCCUGAACAAGGUGUUGCUGGUGGAAUGGACGGGGCUGGCGGUGGCGAUGGAGGGUUACAAGAAGGGAAUCGUGACGGCUGAGGAGGUGGAGGCGAAGGUGAGGUGGGUGACGGAAUCGGAAGGAGGAAGGGAGUUGAGGGAGCGGGCGGCGGCCAUGAAGGCGACGGCGGCGGCGGCUGCGGCGGAAGGCGGUUCGUCGCGACAGGCUUUGCUGGAAAUAGUCAAAUCGCUAAGGAAUUCCAAUCCGCAAGUGUCCUAAGUCAUAAUGAAUUCCAAGCCGCAAAUAUCCCAGGUGGCCCUUCAGAGUAAAUCAAU